AACCACCUCAUGCUCCUGGCGGUCUGGCGCCCUGCUGCUUUUGUUUAUUAGUGUUUGUUUGUUCAAGUGUCAAAAAUCAAAACCCAGCUGUCUCAAACUAAAGCUAAGCCUAAAGCAUACAACUUUUUACAUGUCAAUAAGCCUUCAUCUUCUUCUCCCUUCCCCGUAUCAUCUUCUUUGAUCUCUCUUUAUAUAUCUCUCUCUCAUGUCUCCUCGGAUUCUAGUUUUGCUGGUUUUAACUGCAAUAACCUUACUUUUGCUCUUUGCUUCAGUUUCAUCUGUUGAAUUCGUUUACAAUACCAACUUCAACUCCGCAAAUCUCGUCACUUUUGGCGAUGCUGCAAUAGAUUCUUCAAUUCUCUCCAUCACAAAUGAUUCAACUUUUUCUGUUGGACGUGCCCUGUACCCUUUGAAGAUCCCUGUGAAAUCAUCAAAUUCAUCAGAGGUACUUACUUUCUCCACAUCUUUCAUUUUCUCCAUUGCCCCUCUCAAGGGCCUUCUCCCAGGUCAUGGAUUUGCCUUUGCCUUCUUGCCUUCUGCUGGUAUAGCUGGUGCCAGCUCAUCUCAGCAUCUGGGUCUUUUCAACUUUACCAGCAAUGGUAAUCCCAAUAGUCAUAUCUUCGGUGUUGAGUUUGAUGUUUUUUCAAACCAAGAAUUUGAUGAUGUCAAUGACAAUCAUGUCGGUGUGGAUGUAAACUCCCUGAAAUCUGUUGUUUCCAAUCCAGCAGGGUUUUGGGGAGAGAGUAAAGAUGAUAACUUUAAGGAGUUGAAGCUUAAUAAUGGUGUGAAUUAUCAAGUUUGGAUUGAUUAUGAAGAUUCUAUUAUUAAUGUUACUAUGGCUAAAGUGGGGGAUAAAAGGCCUCGGAGGCCAUUUAUAAAGAAUUCAGUGUUUCAAUCAAUAGGAUUCAUUAUUGGAGUUACAGUUGGGGCUGUUCUGCUUGUUAGCUUCUGCAUUGGGACGUGUUUUCUUUUGGUUACACAUAGAAGGAAAAGAAGUACCAAGAAAGAAGAGGUUGAACAUUGGGAAUUGGAGUAUUGGCCUCACAGGAUUGGCUAUCAAGAGAUCUCCGCUGCAACAAAGGCAUUUUCAGAUGAAAAUGUGAUUGGUUCUGGAGCUAAUGGGAAUGUCUAUAAAGGAGUACUAACGGGAGGACUAGAAGUUGCGGUGAAGAAAAUUUCUCAUGAAAGUAAGCACGCGAUGAGAGAGUUUUUGGCUGAGGUUUCAAGUCUUGGGAGAUUGAAGCACAGGAAUUUGGUAGGAUUGAUAGGUUGGUGUAGGAACGACAAAGGAAGCUUGAUACUGGUUUAUGAUUACAUGCAGAAUGGGAGCGUGGAUAAGAGAAUUUUUUACUGUGAUGAGCACUUAAUGUUGAGUUGGGAUGAGAGGAUUAAAGUCUUGAAAGAUGUAGCUUCUGGUAUCUGGUAUUUGCAUGAGGGUUCGGAAGCUAAGGUCUUGCAUAGGGACAUUAAGGCAAGUAAUGUCUUACUUGACAAGGAUAUGAAUGCCAGAUUAGGCGACUUUGGAUUAGCACGUAUGCAUCAUCAUGGUGAAUUGGCUAGCACUACAAGAGUGGUUGGCACCGUAGGAUACAUGGCGCCAGAAGUGAUUAGAACUGGGCGUGCCUCCACUCAAACAGAUGUGUUUUGUUUCGGGGUGUUGAUUCUUGAGAUAGUAUGUGGACGAAGGCCAAUUGAAGAAGGGAAGCCAGCUUUAAUUGAUUGGGCAUGGGGGUUAAUGGAGAGACAAGAACUGAUUUUUGCUCUAGAUGAUCGGUUAAAAGCUGAGGGUGGUUACACUAAUGAGGAAGUGGAGAGGAUGCUACGUCUGGGAUUGUUGUGUGCGCAUCCAGAACCUCAUGCUAGACCAACAAUGAGGCAGGUAAUGAAGCUGUUAGAGGAGGGUGCUGAACACAAAGGAGAAGGCGUGGAACUAAAUUUACUAGACAGAAUGAGGACGACACCAACAACAAUGUGGAGGAACUUCAGCACCAGAGGACAUCCUACUUUCAAUGAAAUUCAGAGGAAUCUUUCUUCUUCCAUGUCUAUGAGUAACUCAGACAUCAUCCUAGAAGGCCGAUAACAACGUACGUGUUGGUUCCGAUUUUCUUUUGGAUCAGUGAAGUGUGCUCUAUGUUUUCCAUUGACGUUUGUUAAGACCUAAUCAUUCGUGUAAAUUAUUAUAGAAUGAAAAUUUUUUAAGAAGUUGGGAAUCUGUGCAUAUUUUAGUUCGAUGAUCAAAGAUCAGAUAGUAGGAGAGUUGGAAUAUGUAACUUGAGUUGCUCUGAAUCUUGUAAUUUCUGUUUAUUCCCUUAAAAAGCUGUACCUUUUGAAUCUCUGCUGAUUGAAGUGUGAUAUUCCAAUUGCCAUCAUUUUUUA